AUGCGCGGAGGCCGCAUCUUCGCAGGCUCGCAGUUCGGCCAGGAAUUCGCCGUCGUUGAUCACCCGACUCAGGCGAGCCAGCGUGCGGAGAUGGCCGCGAUCGUCGGUCGAGCAGAUGAGGAAGAAAAUAUCGGUCAGCAUCCCGCGGCUUCCGCCGAAGGGCACACCACCCGGUGUUAUCCCCAAUGCGACGAAUGCGUGCCCCAAAAUCGAAGCCAUCGGGCGGCGCGGAUGCAACAGGGCCACACCGCACUCCAGUGCCGUGGGGUGCAACUCUUCACGACUGCGAAUUGCUUCAGCCAUCUUCGGUGGGUCCCACAGCCACCCGGUCUGGGCAGCCGUAUCGACCAUCGCAGUGAUGACCGAACUCUUCGUCUUGGCAAUCAGCGGAAUCGAGUAGGCCUCGAUCGGCAUCAUCUCGGCCAAGGUUUCGAGAUGGAGCGAUUCGAUCUCGUCGCCUUCGCGAUCGAGCACCCCUUCCAUCUCUUCCAACUCAGCAUCGUCAGAAACUCCGAUACGAUCUUCGAGCCAGUGAUGGAUAUCGGCGCCCGAGAAGCGCAACUCUCCGCCCACCCUGCGCGCGGGCAGCUUGCCACGGCUGGCCAACUUGGCAAUCUUCGCUGGGUCGAUCCGCAUGUAAGCGGCCAACGAUUCGACUGUGAAAUCUUUUUCUGCCAUGGAAUGCUAACGCCCGAGCCCACCAUUGCGGCAUGGAGGCCUUGCGGAAUGCAGUCGCGCCCUUCGUCUACUCCUGGCCAAAGUCUACGGAAUUUGCUGCCCGAGGCUCGUUUCUUCGGCGCUAGCGAUAUCCGUGUCGCAAGCUGCUGUAGCGAUUCGCGACAUUGCCGCCCCGGCGACCUGUUCGUGGCCCUACCUGGCACCACCGACGACGGGCAUCGAUACGUGAGCGAAGCCAUCGCCCGCGGAGCGACCGCUCUUCUGGUCGAACGAGCCGUGGCCGAGUGCAAGCUACCCACCUGCGUAGUCUCCAACGUCAACGCGGCUUACGGAAAGCUCUGCCAGGCUCUGGCCGAUAACCCCGCCCAGCAUCUGCGGAUGAUCGGGCUCACCGGAACCAACGGAAAAACAACCACCAGCCUGCUGGUCGCUAGCAUCUUGAACGCCGCCGGCAUGUCGGCCGGGUUGAUUGGCACCCUAGGGAAUUUCGAUGGAGCUGAGUUCGGCCCGGCCAAACUCACCACGCCCACGGCCCCCGAGUUGGCCCAAUGGCUGGCCCGCAUGCGAGCCAACGGUUGCACGCACGCCGUGGUCGAAGUUUCCAGCCAUGCCAUCAGCCAGUCGCGGGUAGCUGGGAUUGAGUUCGACGUGAUGGGCUUUUCCAACGUUCGCCACGAUCACCUCGACUAUCACGGAACCCUAGCCGAAUAUCAGCGCACGAAGCGAAAGGCCAUGAACUUCGUUUCGCCCGAGGGUGUGACCGUCCUCAACGCCGACGAUGACGUCUGCCGCGAGUUCCUCCUCGAUUGCGAAGGGCCAGCCCUCAGCUAUGGCAUCGACACGCCCUGCGAAAUCGCCGCCACGCCAGUCGAGCAAUUCAUCAGCGAACAAACCUUCUUGCUUUCGGCCGGGGACGAAACCGUCCCCGUACGCACACACCUGAUUGGUCGCCACAACAUCUACAACUGCCUGCUGGCCGCUGCCACCGGGAUGACUUACGGCAUCGACCUGGAAACCAUCGCCUACGGCAUCGAAAAGCUGGACAAAGUGCCCGGUCGCCUGGAACGCAUCGAAUGCGGCCAGCCGUUUUCGGUCUUCGUCGAUUACGCCCACACGGCCGAAGCCCUGGCGGUCACGCUGGAAACACUUCGCCCCUUAGUUUCCGGGCGACUCAUCUGCGUGUUCGGAGCCGGCGGUAACCGCGAUCAACAAAAACGCCCCAAGAUGGGUCGCACUGUGGAAAGCCGAGCGGAUCUUGCUUACCUGACCAGCGACAAUCCCCGACACGAAGACCCCGAACUCAUCGCCGACGGAAUUCUGGCCGGCUGUGCCAAUCCCUCGGGUGUUCGUGUGGUGCUCGAUCGGGCCGAAGCCAUCGCCCGCGCUUUAGAUGGAGCCCAACUGGGUGACUGUGUGCUCAUCGCCGGCAAAGGGCACGAAGACUAUCAGAUGGUUGGCGACAAGAAGCUAUACUUCGACGAUCGGGCCUUCGCUCGCGAGUGGCUGUACGAACAACACUCCGGAUCGGAAUUCUCACGGGGCGAUGUGUUUUGGGCCCUCGCUGGUCAGAACCACAACGGAGCCGACUUCGCGGCCGAAGCCUAUCGACACGGAGCCGCCGGGGUGGUGGCAGUCGCUGGUAAGGUCGAGCCCCCGCAGGGCCGCUGGGUUGUCGAUGUCGAAGAUUCACUCAAGGCCCUACAUCAAGUGGCCACCGCGCGAAGAAACGAUUUCCCCGGCCAGGUCAUCGCCGUGACCGGAAGCGUGGGCAAAACAACCACCCGUGAAAUGAUUCACGCCGUGUUGUCAGAAAAACUGCACGGCUCGUCGAGCCCACGGAAUUUCAACAACCACGUCGGCCUGCCACUGAGCCUUCUACAAGUUCCGAGCAACUGCGAUUACGCAGUUUUGGAACUGGGGGCCAGCGCCCGUGGCGAAAUUGCGCACCUUGCCACGAUCUGCCGUCCGCAAACGGCAGUCAUCACUUCGGCCGGCGACGCCCAUCUGGGUAGCUUUGGCUCACGGGAAGCAGUCAUCCAAACGAAGUUGGAACUGUUCCGAGCAUUGGACCAAAGCGGUUGGGCCAUCAUGGGUGGCGAUCAACUGCUUCGCACCAGAGCCGCGGCGGUGUUUAAAGGACGAAGUACCUGCGUCGGGCGAUAUGCCGAUAGCGACCUCUGCCCGGUAAACGUGACGCACGAAGAUGGACGGCUGAGUUUCGACCUAGAUGGGACGCCUUUCGAGGUGCACGUCUGGGGUCGGCAUCACCUGUCGAACGCCCUCGUGGCGGUGGCCAUCGGCCGAGAGUUCGGCCUGAGCGAUGUGGAGAUCGCCCGGGGAUUGCGUCGUUUCCGACCGCUGCCCGGCCGGUGUUACGUUCGUCAGAUCGGUGACAUCAAAAUCAUCGACGAUUCCUACAACGCCAGCCCUCAGGCAAUGCAAGCUGCGCUCGACCUGCUUGGUCAACUCACCACGCACUCACGCCGCUUGGCUGUGUUGGGCGACAUGUGCGAGUUGGGCGACGCUUCGAAUCAAUUGCACCGUACCGCGGGAAGCGACGUAGUGAUCCGCGGUGGAGCCGACUUCUUGCUGACCUGUGGGCAACACAGCCGCGAUUACAUCGAAGGCGCCGUCGCCGCGGGGAUGCCCGAGGAUUCUUACAUUGCCGAAAUCGACGCUCAGGCAGCCGCUCAGCGCCUGGCCCAAGCCGUUCGUCCCGGCGACGUGAUCUUGGUCAAAGGAUCGAGAGCCGUCGGGAUGGAACGCAUCGUCGAGGGAACACGAGCGCGGAAGGGUGAUGCGUCGUAUCACCCCUCCGCGCUUUUUCAUGACGGUACCAGGCUCAUGCUUCUCUGGCUUUUCGAACAUUUCGCCGCACAACAAUCGCCGCCCGCUUUUCUGCAGGUCACGUAUCGCGCUGCAGGCGCUGCCGCGGUUGGAUUCUUCCUCACCGUUCUGCUUGGCCCCAAGUGGAUUGUGUGGUUGAAGCACCGUUUCCGUGAGCCUCUCAACACUCGUUCGCCCGAACUCGCAAAGUUACAUCAAGCCAAAGAGUGGACACCCACAAUGGGCGGGCUGUUCAUCGUGGGCGGACUUCUGCUUGGUUCACUAAUCUGGGCCGAUCUACGAAACCCCUACGUCGUUGUGACACUAUCCACGGUGCUUGGGCUAGCUGUAGUCGGCGCCGUUGACGACCUGACGAAACUUGCAGGAGGCGGUAGGGGCCUGACGGUGCGAACGAAGCUUAUCUGGCAAUCAUCUAUCGCGCUGGUUGCCGGCAUGCUGCUCUACAAGAUCCACCUCGCAGUUCCGAAUGCAUUAAUGCUGAGCUUGCCCAUGGUUGGCGAGGUUGGCAAUCUUGGUCUGUGGUACAUCCCGCUGGCGGUGGUAUUCAUUGUGGGCUUCGCUAACGCAGUGAACCUCACCGAUGGCCUCGAUGGGCUAGCCGCCGGAUGCACGUUGUUAUCCCUGUCGACGAUGGCUGUGGUUGCCUACCUAGGCAGUAGCCUGAUCGAAGUAAGCGGCGGAUCCAAUAUUCAAGCCACUAGCGAACUACUCGUUGUCGCAGCCGCUGCCUGCGGCGGUGUGCUGGGCUUUCUGUGGUUCAACUGCUAUCCGGCCCAUGUAUUUAUGGGCGAUACGGGCUCCCAACCACUGGGUGGACUGUUGGCCACACUGGCGUUGGCCAUGCGACAAGAAUGGCUCCUGCUUCUGGUGGGUGGGGUCUUCGUAGUCGAAGCCGGCAGCGUUGUCUUGCAGACCUUACUCGAUCAAUCUCACUACAGUUCCAACAGCUCGACCGACGAACCACACUUUGUCUUCAGCGGUGGUACUACCGGUGGGCACCUGUUUCCAGGACUCGCCGUAGUCGAACAACUGCGUCGCCGCUGGCCUCGUGCGCGCUAUACGUUCGCUGGCGCAGGCAAACCACUCGACCUGCAGUGGGUCGCCGCGGCGAACUGCGAAUAUCUGCCAGUGCAAUGCCAGCCGGUUUCGAAAGCCCCGCUGAAAGCGCUGCGGUUCCUUUCGAAUCAAUGGGCCGGCUAUCGCGACUCGCUGCGGUUCUUGCGAGAAAAUCGUGUUUCCGUCGUUGUUGGCCUCGGCGGAUACUCCAGUGCGCCGAUGGCUCGGGCUGCAGUUACCGAACAGCUUCCACUUGUGUUGCUCGAACAGAAUGCUAUGCCUGGCAGAGUCACGCGUUGGCUCUCCGACUCGGCCCAGCUCAUUUGCGCAGCCUUCAACGAAGUGCGACCUCACCUGAAGGCCAGCGAUGCGCUCCGCGUGACAGGCAAUCCUGUGCGGCAGCGAUUCCUCGACGAAUACCAAACACGCACGCUUCGUGAGCCGAAUGAGCGCCCACGGGUGUUAGUGCUCGGUGGAAGUCAGGGCGCCACACCGAUCAAUCACUUCGUCCCCCGCGCUCUCUACAAGGCCGGAGCGCAGCGGCAGAAGUGGCAAAUCAUCCACCAGGCAGGUGAAGGUGCCGAACAGACGAAGGCACUCUAUCGCAAGCUGGGGCUCGAAGCGACCGUCGCACCGUUUAUUAACUCGAUCCCGCGAGUGAUGGUGAACUCCGACUUUGUCAUCUCGCGAGCCGGCGGCACGACGUUGUCCGAGUUGGCCGUGACAGGUACCCCAGCCAUCCUCAUCCCCUUCCCACAUGCCCGCGAUAACCAUCAGUGGUUCAAUGCCGAGGUUUAUCGCAUCGCAGGGGCGGCCCGCGUGGUUGAAGAACACACCGACGCUCAACGGCUCGACAACACACUGGCCGCAGAGUUGGCCGAUAUGGCAAAGCUUGUUCAACGGCAACGCACCAUGACCGAGGCCAUGUACCACCUGGCUCGCCCGUUGGCAGCCGAACAGGCCACCCCCGCACAUUCGUGCGAGUCUACAUUGACUGCUUGGGCGUCGAUCCAUACGCUGUCGCUGCGAUUCGUCAGCUCCCGCCUCCAAAAUCCAGCCCCCUUGGAUCACACCAUGCUUCCGAGUCCCGCAGUAGCGACUGCGAUCGACCUUCGUUGGGAUCGCCCUCGACGCGUGCACCUCGUCGGCAUCGGCGGUGCCGGGAUGCGAUCGUUAGCCAAGGUGCUUCUGGAAUUCGGUUGGGAGGUGAGCGGCUCCGACGUCCACCUCGAGGGGCUUGAUGGCCUCACGCGACGCGGCGUUUCCAUCUACCGCGGUCACCAUGCUCUGGUGAUGACCAACGAUAUCGAGGUCGUCAUCUACAGCGACGCGAUCGGUCCGGCGAAUGUAGAACGUCAAAGGGCAGUGGAAAACAAUGCCGUCGUGCUUAGCUACGCCGAAUUCCUAGGGCACAUGAGUCGCAUCAGCCACACGGUGGCCAUCGCCGGUACGCACGGCAAAAGCACCACCACGGCAAUGACCGCAGACAUCUUUCGGGCGGCAGGUCACGACCCCACGACGGUGCUCGGGGCCACCCGUCCUAGUGGGCAGCCCGGCGGCAGAGCAGGGAAUCCUUCCCGGCUGCUCGUCGAAGCCUGUGAGUAUCAACGUAAUUUCCUUCACCUGAACCCCGACGUGGCCGUUCUGCUGGGCUUCGAGUGGGAUCAUGUCGACUGUUACCCCUCACCUCACGACGUCGAAACAGCGUUCUCCCAUUUUGUCCGCAAUGUCUCCCCCGACGGCCUGGUAAUUGCCACCGAGGCCUGCCCCUGCGCUCAGGCAGCCCGCAGAAAUGGUGCGGUCCGGACGGUGACCUUCGGGCUGAAUGACUCCGCCGACUGGAGAGCCACCCAGCGUGGCGUGGAGCAGGGCCGGUAUCGGUUCGAUAUCCAUCACGGAGAUCGUCAUCUCACCGAGAUCUCGCUGCAAGUGGCAGGCCAGCACAAUCUGAUGAACGCCCUGGCCGCCGCGACGGUUGCCGCCGAAUGCGGUGUUCCGGCCACAGCGAUUCGCGACGGGCUGUCCACGUUCCGCGGUCUUCGUCGGCGGUUGGAGUUGGUCGGCAACCACGCAGGUGUUACGCUCAUCGAUGACUACGGCCACCACCCAAGAGAAGUGGAGGUCACCCUGGCGGCGGUUCGCGCGAUGUACCCUAAUCGGAGAUUGUGGUGUAUCUUUCAACCCCAUCAGGGCGAUCGCACGGCGGCCUUGCUGGAGAGUUUCGCGCGAAGCCUGCAGAACACCGACCGGCUGUGCAUCGCCGAUGUGUUUCAAGCCAGACCGGGCGGCCGUGCCUUAGAGGCCACAGCCCCUGAGUUGGCCACGCGUUGUCGUGCCCUGGGAGCCCAAGUGGCCCAGGCUCACGGUGAGCCGCUGGCGCCCUACACGUGGUUCAAAAUUGGCGGACCGGCUGCGUACUUAGCCGAGCCUCGCUCGAUUGAGGAACUCGGGAAACUCGUGCGCCAGUGCCGCGAGCAGGAAUUGCCCGUGCGUUUGAUCGGCGGGGGCUCCAACCUCCUGGUACGCGACGAAGGAGUUCCUGGCGUGGUCGUGCGUCUCUCCUCGGAGGCCUUCGCCCAAGUGAAGACCGAGGGAGAAACCAUCACCUCAGGCGGUGGCACGAAGCUCGGCCAUUUGAUCUCCAUCGCCGUUCGCGAAGGCCUCGCCGGGCUCGAGUCCUUGGUUGGCAUCCCUGGCACCGUUGGCGGAGCCCUGCACGGAAACGCCGGCGGGCGCGGCGGAGACAUCGGUCAAUGGACCAGCCAGGCCAGCGUGAUGACGCGGGAUGGCGAAAUUCACGAACGUCGCCGUGAAGACCUGGUGUUCUCCUAUCGCGAAAGCAGUCUCGACGAGUUGGUCAUCAUCGAAGCCAAGUUUCAGCUCGAGCCGACCGACUCGGCCGAUCUGACCAAGCGGAUGCAGAAGCAGUGGAUUCUGAAGAAGGCAUCCCAGCCGCUGGGCCAUCAAAGCGCCGGCUGCAUCUUCAAGAAUCCGCGCGGCAUGAGCGCCGGAAUGCUCAUCGAUCAGGCCGGGCUCAAAGGCACGACCGUCGGUGGGGCCGUCGUCAGUGAGCGGCAUGCCAACUUCAUCGUUACCGAGCCGGGGACCAGUAGCCAGGAUGUGCUGAAGCUGAUCGACCUGGUGAAGAGCCGUGUCGCGGAACGACUCGGGGUGGAACUCGAAACCGAAAUUGAAGUUUGGAGGAUGGCGAUGUUUGAAACACAAACUCUCACACCCCGGCACAUCGUGGUUCUCGCCGGCGGUGACUCCAGCGAGCGAGACAUCAGCCUCGUCAGUGGUGGCUGUGUCAUCGAAGCCCUUCGCUCCCGUGGACACGAGUGCCGCAUGGUUGACCCCUCACGGACUCCGCUGAAAGAGGUCGAUUGGACUCAGGUCGAUGCCUGCUUCAUCGCCUUGCACGGCGGGGCAGGGGAAGACGGAUCGAUCCAGGAAGAACUCCGCAGUCUGAACGUGCAUUACACCGGCAGCGGCCCCACGGCAUCGCGUUUGGCCAUGAGCAAAUCGGCCAGCAAAGAACGCUUCACCCAGGUCGGUGUGCCAACACUGCCGUACGUGCUGUUUCACGACAGCGAAACCAUGAACGAUGUGGCGGGCCGUAUUGGCAGCCUCGGAUAUCCGAUAGUGAUCAAGCCCGACGGGCAGGGCUCCAGUUUAGGCGUCGCCGUGGCCGACCACCCCGGGAGACUGCAACACGCCCUGGUGGAAGCCAAUCGCUACGAAUCGUUUCUCAUCGCCGAACCGCGUGUGCGAGGGCGAGAAUUCACCGUCGCCGUCUUAGACCGCCGCCCCUUGCCGGCGAUCGAGAUCGUUCCCAACGGCGACAUGUUCGACUUCCACGCCAAGUACCAAAGCGAAGCGACAAAGCUGCGGCCCGAGAACGAGCUGCCCGACGAGUUGUGCUGCCGGCUGGCCGAAGCCGCGCACGAUGCGACCGACGCUCUGGGCACCAAGGGACUGGUUCGCGUCGACAUCAUCGUCGAUGACUUCGACUGCCUGUGGGUUCUCGAAGUGAACACCGUGCCGGGGCUCACACGUCACAGCCUAGCUCCCGUGGCCGCCAAACAAGCGGGCAUGGAAUUCGCGUCACUGUGCGAAUGGAUGGUGGCCAGUGCCAUCGGCGAAGAGGUGCGCUUCACGCUGUUCGUGAUCAUCGUCGUCGGCUGCGUUGCCGGAGGGUUCGCCGUCUGGCCGCAGAUUGAAGAACGUGUCUUGCACAACGAAGAUCUGUGGCUGCAGGCCGAAGCGAUCGAGGUUAACCCGCAGCCAUCGUGGAUUCGGGUCGACGUUCGUGGCGAAGUACUCCGUGAUGCAAGCCUCGACGGGGCGAUUUCGAUCCUCAACCCCGCGCUAGCCCAACGCGUGGCCGAAGCAUUUGCCUUACACCCUUGGGUCGAAGAAGUCGUGAAGGUGCAAAAGCAUCAUCCGGCCGGGGUCACCGUCGAACUCAAGUAUCGACAGCCGGCCUGCAUGGUUCGCGUCUCUGGUCGUUUGUUCCCGGCAGGCCCCGGUGGCGAGCGAAUCGCCGACGGGCUCUAUCCGGUCGACGCGAAGGGAAUCUUCCUCCCGCCCGACGAUUUCUCCCCCAUCGAAGCGGCCCGCUAUCCUCGGCUGGUCGGUGCGAACUCAAUCCCGGUUGGCCCUCCUGGCACGCGAUGGGGAGACUCCACCGUACACGACGGCGCCCGGAUUGCGGCGGUGCUGGUCAAAGGCUGGCGAAAAUUCGACCUCGAACGAAUCGAACCGGUCCCCACCACUCAACGCAGCCAGGAAUACCUCACCUUCGACCUGGUUACCAAGGAAGGCACUCGAGUGCACUGGGGUUUCGCCCCUCGCCCCGGACCAGCAGGCGAAACGGUCACCCGUGAGAAGUUAACCCAACUCGCUCGCUACGCCGAUGAGCACGGCUCGCUGAACGUGCCUGAUCCACCGCACGAGAUCAACUUGCAACCGUGGGAUGCAAAACUCGAAGAAGAGCCGAUCACGGCCGAUCGCCGCGCUCAGUAA